GAGCGGACGAGGAGGUGCCACUCGCUCUCCCCUCCCCGUCUCGCGCGGAUCCCUGAACGAAGCAUCACACCAGCUCGCCACGCCACCACCUCCACCGCCCUCCCUCCUCCGUCCCGCUCCACUCACUUCGCCGACCACCCCUCGACACCCCAUGAAAGCACCACCAGUUCACGCGCGCGUGUUCUGAGACGGAGGGAGAGAGGUUGGUUUGCCUGUGCGGUAGCAGUUGGGGCCCGGCGAGAUGGAAAGCUACCUGAAGGAGAACUUUGGGGGCGUCAAGGCGAAGCACUCGUCGGACGAGGCGCUGGGCCGAUGGCGCAAUGUCGUCGGCGUCGUCAAGAACCCCACCAGGCGGUUCCGCUUCACCGCCAACCUCGACAAGCGCUCCGAGGCCGCCGCCAUGAAACGCUCCAACCAGGAGAAGCUGCGGGUCGCCGUGCUCGUCUCCAAGGCCGCGCUCCAGUUCAUCCACGGCCUCCCGCCGCAGGCCGACUACACGGUGCCCGCCGACGUCGCAGCGGCGGGCUUCGGCGUGUGCGCGGAGGAGAUAAGCUCCGUCGUGGAGAGCCACGACAUCAAGCGCCUCAAGACGCACGGCGGCGUGGAGGGCGUCCUGUCCAAGCUCUCCACCUCGGCGUCCGACGGCCUCCCGGCGUCGGCGGACAAGCUGGCGGCCCGGCAGAAGCUCUUCGGCGUCAACCGGUUCGCGGAGGCCGAGGCGCGCAGCUUCUGGGUCUUCGUGUGGGAGGCGCUCCAGGACAUGACGCUCAUGAUCCUCGCCGCGUGCGCGCUCGUCUCCCUCCUCGUCGGCAUCGCCACCGAGGGCUGGCCUCACGGCGCGCACGACGGGCUCGGCAUCGUGGCCAGCAUCCUGCUCGUCGUCUUCGUCACCGCCACCAGCGACUACCGCCAGUCGCUGCAGUUCAAGGACCUCGACAAAGAGAAGAAGAAGAUCACCGUGCAGGUCACCCGGAGCGGAUUCCGGCAGAAGCUCUCGAUAUAUGACCUCCUCGUCGGCGACAUCGUCCACCUCUCCAUCGGCGACCAGGUGCCCGCCGACGGGCUGUUCGUUUCCGGGUUCUCGCUGCUCAUCAACGAGUCGAGCUUGACCGGUGAGAGCGAGCCGGUCGCCGUCCACGCCGAGAACCCGUUCCUGCUGUCGGGGACCAAGGUGCAGGACGGCUCGUGCAAGAUGCUCGUCUCGACCGUCGGCAUGAGGACGCAAUGGGGCAAGCUGAUGGCCACCCUCAGCGAGGGCGGCGACGACGAGACGCCGCUGCAGGUCAAGCUCAACGGCGUCGCCACCAUCAUCGGCAAGAUCGGCCUCAUCUUCGCGGUCGUCACGUUCGCGGUGCUCACCCAGAGCCUCUUCUGGCGCAAGAUCUCGGACGGCUCCUACUUCAGCUGGACCGGGGACGACGCGCUGGAGCUGCUCGAGUUCUUCGCCAUCGCGGUCACCAUCGUCGUCGUGGCCGUCCCCGAGGGCCUGCCGCUCGCCGUGACCCUCAGCCUCGCGUUCGCCAUGAAGAAGAUGAUGAACGACAAGGCGCUCGUCCGCCACCUCGCCGCCUGCGAGACCAUGGGCUCCGCGACCUCCAUCUGCAGCGACAAGACCGGCACACUCACCACCAACCACAUGACCGUCGUCAAGGCCUGCAUCUGCGGCAAGGUCAAAGACGUGAGCAGUUCCUCGGAGACCAAGACCUUGCCCACCGAGCUGCCGAGCUCUGUCGUGGCAAUGCUCCUGCAGUCCAUCUUCAACAACACCGGCGGCGACGUCGUCAUGAACCAGGACGGCAAGCGCGAGAUAUUGGGCACGCCCACCGAGACCGCGAUCCUGGAGUUCGGCCUGUCGCUCGGCGGUGACUUCUCCGCCGUGCGCAAGGCGAGCACCCUCGUCAAGGUCGAGCCCUUCAACUCGGCCAAGAAGAGGAUGGGGGUGGUCAUCCAGCUCCCCGGCGGCGCUCUGCGAGCUCACUGCAAGGGCGCGUCGGAGAUCAUCCUGGCGUCGUGCACCAAGUACCUGGACGAGCACGGCAACGUCGUCCCGCUCGACGGCGCAACCCUGGAUCACCUCAAGGCCACCAUCGACAGCUUCGCCAACGAGGCGCUGCGCACGCUGUGCCUCGCCUACAUUGACGUCGACGGGGGGUUCUCGGCAAGCGAUCAGAUUCCGAUGGAUGGGUACACCUGCAUUGGCAUUGUGGGGAUCAAGGACCCUGUCCGUCCCGGCGUCAGGGAAUCGGUCGCCAUCUGCAGGUCAGCAGGCAUCACUGUCAGGAUGGUUACCGGUGACAACAUCAACACGGCGAAGGCGAUUGCCCGGGAAUGUGGCAUUUUAACUGAAGGUGGCGUAGCCAUUGAAGGGCCGGACUUCAGACUCAAGGGUGAAGAAGAAUUGCAUGAACUGAUACCGAAAAUACAGGUGAUGGCAAGAUCUUCGCCACUUGACAAGCACACCUUGGUCAAGCAUCUUCGGACUACAUUUGAUGAAGUUGUCGCGGUGACUGGUGAUGGCACAAAUGAUGCACCUGCACUUCAUGAAGCUGAUAUUGGGCUUGCAAUGGGCAUUGCUGGAACUGAGGUGGCAAAAGAGAGUGCGGAUGUUAUCAUUCUUGAUGACAACUUCUCCACUAUAGUCACUGUUGCUAAGUGGGGUCGAUCAGUGUACAUCAAUAUUCAGAAGUUCGUGCAGUUUCAGCUGACGGUCAAUGUGGUUGCUCUCAUUGUAAACUUUUCUUCAGCUUGCUUGAUAGGGAGUGCUCCUCUUACCGCUGUGCAAUUGCUCUGGGUCAACAUGAUCAUGGACACACUAGGCGCACUGGCAUUGGCCACCGAACCUCCAAACAAUGAGCUAAUGAAGAGAACUCCUGUUGGAAGGAAAGGAAACUUCAUCAGCAACGUCAUGUGGAGGAACAUCAUGGGACAGGCCAUCUACCAGUUCCUUGUGAUUUGGUAUCUGCAGGCUGAAGGGAAAUGGCUCUUCGGAAUCGAGGGCGACAACUCUGAUCUAGUCUUGAACACAAUCAUCUUCAACUGCUUCGUAUUCUGCCAGGUAUUCAAUGAGGUGAGCUCAAGGGAGAUGGAGAGGAUAAAUGUCUUCGAGGGCAUCCUCGACAACAACGUGUUCGCCGCCGUCCUCGGCAGCACCGUCGUCUUCCAGUUCAUCAUAAUCCAGUUCCUCGGCAACUUCGCGAACACGACCCCUCUCACGUUCACGCAGUGGAUCGCCAGCAUCUUCAUCGGCUUCAUAGGCAUGCCGAUCGCCGUCGUGGUGAAGAUGGUGCCGGUCGGUUCUGCGUAGGAGGCACAACUAAUUCCUGGCAGAAACUGAAGCCUGGCAAGUUUUGGCCAUUGCCAUUUGCAUAACAUAGUUUUUUCCCCUUUUGUGUAAUGCAUUUAGAUGAGUCUUCGCCCAUUUUCAUUGCUUAUGAUCUAGAGGUUGAGACAGGUAUUGGGCCUGAUCAUUCAAACUGUCGAAUAGGUUCAUGUAGCUUUUGGUAUUCCAAAAUUCCCCCCUAUGUGUUUUCUAUGGAACUCUGGAACUGUAUAUGGCUCGACAUGUUUACAUCAAGUCACCAACAACGAGUUCAUUCAUUUCUGAUUCUACAACUGGAGCAUGAACCUUUUUUUUUGGAAAAGGAACUGGAGCAUGAACUUGCUGCUGUUUUCCCGUCACAAGCUCCAUAAGGAACUGAAGCAAGGACUGCGCGCCCGCGCCGCGUAUUCCGCGGCCCGUGCGCCGCCGGCCGCUGCUCCGUGAGGUGCCCGGCGCGUGCGCGCUGCCCAUCCCCUCGCCUUGCACGCGUCUGCCAGCGCACCGGGAGGCGCCGCCCAGGGGCCGGAUGUUCGGUCGCUCGGACUCCGGGCCUCCGGCUCGCCGUCGCCGACCCGUGCCUGGCGCUAAGCGGCAUGAGCAUGAACCAGUGCGCCGGCCUCCUUUUUCAUGGCGGCCGCGGCGCGGGGUCACGGCCCGCCCGUGGCGGAGGCGCCAUCGACUGAUCACCGGCCAAUGCGAGCUACACGUCUGGGCACGUCGCAAAGCACCAAGGUGGCCCCAGAAGGCAGCACGGGCCGGCCCCUGAGGCAGCAAGACGAGGAGAAACGGCAACGCGAGGAAGACGCCAUUCCCCGGGCGGGCGCGGGCGGUGAUUGGUCGAGCCUGUUGGGGACGGAGGGUGGAUGAAAUACCGUCCACUCCCGUUUCCUAUCCACUUCGACGAAAAUUUCCGAAAAAAAUCUCAGAGACUGAGGAGGAGAUGGUGAAACAACGCACCAAAUUUCAGUCUCAUCCUCGACCUGUGGAGGGAGAAAUUAAACCGAGAAAAUCUGGAGGCGGGGUGGACGGUAUUUCAAAUACCAUCCACCCCUGUGUCCCUGUAUUUUCAGUUCAUUCGCAGCCAAACCGAGACCCAAAAAACCUGAGAAAAUUCAUGGAGGCUGAGGGUUCAACAAAGAAUCACCCCACCAGAUUCAGACCCUGGCUCAAUCCAUAGCAGGGGAACAGGAUUACAGAACCAUGGCGUUCGUUCCUUCCGUUCCGGUCUUUCUUCGUGCCUUUUUCUGAACCUGGCAGGUGCAGGCCCCUGUUCCUCGUCCAGUCUGUUCACCUCGCCGUCGUCGCCGAGCCAGACCGCACGCGGAGAAGCUCGCCCUCCAAGGUCUCGAGCGCGGGACACGACGAUUCAUCCACACCGACGGGUCGUGGCCGAUCACGCCGGGGCGCACAGCUGCGGGCAGACAGGCGGCGCCGGUUUGGGGGGUGGGGGGGUGGCUGUGGCCACGCCCUCUUGUCACGGGAAUAUUUUCUUUCCGUCCCCUCCCCCUGCUCCGCCGCGCUGGAGCCCGGAGUCCCGUCGCCAUCAGGGACGACGUGCCUGCAGCUGCGGCUGCCGCGGCGGCCGGGAACGCGGCGUGCGGGAUCUCCCUCCAUUCACGCGUUCGGCAGGCAGGCAGGCUCACCCAUCAAUCAUAGGCUCGCAACCUCAGCAAUCGACAGCAGAUUCUGUGCCUAACUGCCUCUAUCCGUUCCGAAUUUUGUAUCGUGUGCAUCUCAUUCCUGCGUGUUUAAAAUCUAGUAUGCAAAUCAUU